GCGACGUCUGGCCCGACACCAGAAGCACGCGCCAUGAAGUCGCCUUUACACCCUACCUCUCCUCUCUCCAUCCCUUCUUCAUCCUCAUCUUCAUCUUCUCACAAUCCGGAGAUCAUUUCAGUCAGCUGUUUAUCAUCGUUCGCUGCAGACGAUUAUUCCCUCGUUUCGUGCUGACGAUAAUUUUUCCACAUUGUGUCAAUGCUGUAUAUUUCUUUGAAGGAUAAUAUUUGGUUGUUUAGUGGCAACGUAUUGUGAAAUAGUUCGUUACAUUCUUCCGUGGAAGUUAUUGACUGUAAUAGUGCGACUUUUUUAUAGACCUUUUUACUUUUUUGCAAAAUGAUGCAAAAAUCUCCUCCUCCUUGUAUAAGAAUUUUGGUUUUAGGGGCUCAAGAAGUUGGAAAAUCUGCUGUGACCGUUCGUUUCCUGACUCAGAGGUUUAUAGGGGAGUACAGUUCACAAAAAGAUUUACUUUAUUGUUCCCAGACCCUAGUCACAGGAUCUCCAAUUGAUGUCGAAGUACUAGACACCACUAAAGACCAAACGGACACUAUUCCAUUAGAAAAGCUAAAUUGGAGCUCUGUGUAUGUUGUUGUAUACAGCAUAUCUAGUCGAAGUAGUUUCCUAGUAGCUGCAGACUGUGUUCGAAAUUUACUCCCUAGAGGACUGCCUAUUCUACUGUUGGCUAACAAGAAUGAUUUGGAACAUAUCAGAGAAGUUUCGACCGAAGAAGGUGAAUCUUUAGCUAAAGAACUGGGCAGUGUGUCCUUUGCUGAAGUGUCAGCGGCCGAAGGAUAUGCUGAAGUAGCUGAAGCAUUCCGCCCCAUUCUUGCAAAUCUUUACCCUUCAAUACCAAAAUCAUCCAACUCUUCACCCACAAAUACCUCGAGUCGAAGAAAGAUAUCAGUUGUGUCUGUCUCCAAAAUUAUCAGCGCCAUGUUUGGACGUAGCGGAUCCAUGAUGGCUGAUCAUAGUCACAAGAAAAGGCCUUCCUUAUCUUUAUGAGAUUCGGCUUCUGGCGAGUCCUCGAAGGACAAGUAGUCGAGUAGUUAUUGCACAAAACUCGGCAGAUGAGUAUUUAACUAAGUCAAACAAGAUAUCGUUUCCAUGGAUAUGGAAAUUUUAAGACACCUACGACAUGGUCCACCAUAAUUUUGGUAUUGGUAAUCAAAAGGAAUCAAAUACAUCUAGGACUACUUUUUUAAUUGCACUCAUAAGCACAUUAAUUUGUAAUUAGGGUUGAAUCUGUAUUUUUAACAAUUUGAGUUAAAUCUUGAAUAGUUUGAAUAACCAUUCAAAAAUAUAAAUUUUGACCUUCAUGCACUUUUCAAAUUACCAUAGUGUUAUGGCGUUGUUUGUUAGUUGUAACUUAAGGUCAUUAAAAAUUAAAGGUAUUGUAGAAAUUAAAAAGAAUAGUUAUACUUUUAAAUGAAGUUAUAACCACAGUAUUUUAAUAAUUCUGUUUCACUUUUCGUACUGAUAUAUGGUGGCUUUGGGUGUCGAGAUUUUAAUUCAUUGAAAUCAGGCCACAAAAAUAGUAAAUACACGACAAGCACCUUAAAAAAAUAAUAAAAAAAUAAAAUGUUUGUCGUGACUUAAGUUCCAUGACUGUCUCGUUAAAAAGUUUUUAAAACGUAUAAAAAAGGGACAACAUUGUUUCCUCAUUAAAAAACACAACAUUUAUAAAAUGCUCAAUUUGUUUAUUAAAUGUUAAACCAUGUGUUGGAGUGAAUCGUAUGAAAAGAUUCCUAGAUGUAUUUCGAAAUUAUCAAUAAAUGCAGGGAUGACAGCUGCUUCCCGCUCAGUAGUUUUUUUAAGUGGUAAAGAACUAAAAACUAAAACAUAUAGCGUUAGGGUCAAUUAUGUUAAAUUUUUAAAAGACACAUCACAAAUUUGCUGUAACAAUCAAUGGAAGAAUCUUACUUUAACAGUUAGCAAUCCGAGUACUUCAAAAUACUGUUAGCAAAAAAAGUAAUGUAAGCUCUAAAUAAUUUAUACUACAUAAUACAGUAUUUUUUAUAUAGUUUUAUACUUCUUGAAAUAAUGUGUAAUGUGUACUAAUUAUUUUAGUAUAAAAAGUUUUAAUUUAAGAGAAGUAACUGUAGAUGGCGCCUCAGAGGCGACAUCGGAGUACAAAGGGUUAAAGUAUAAAUUUUGCUUUUUUUCGAGAAAAAAUUAGCUAAUAAAAUGAAGCAAGUUGGCAUCUCUGUGAAUGUAUAAUUUAUAGACAAUCCCUUUUUAUAAUUUCCCUUAUAUUUGAUACCUUUUUAGUACUUUUCUGUAUUGAAAUGUUUUUUUUUAAACUUUUGAAUACAUUCUAUAAUAUCUGAAGUUUGAAGUAAAGUAAUGUUUCUUAAAAAAGUAAAGUCUUAAGUAAAGUAAUGCUAAAUAUCUGCAAUUACUUUAGAGUGCUUACAAAAAAUGCAUAGUUUAUAUGAAGUAUACAUGCAGAGUUCCUUCUAUGACAAUAUUGAUGAUAGACUUUAAAUGUGUUUGCAAAAAGUAACUUGCACUGUCCUGGUAGUUCAAGUACAGCAUUAAGCAAAUUGGCUCGUUCGAGCGAUUAAACAUGAGAGCUAAAAAAUCUGAUUUAAAUGUACAAAAUAAACCAAUCUAAAAAUACACUUUUUUUAAAUGUUUGUACAUAAAUAUUCUAUGAACCUGUGAUCCUAUAAUUUUAUUACCGAUAAUCUAAAUGAAGUGCUUAAAUGUUUUUACCCAGUGUUUUGAUAAAUGUUUACUAGGAAUAUAAAGUAAUAUUGUUAUUUUUAUAACAAUCUAGACUUUUGUGAUUGAAGUAAUUGAUGUUUAAUUUUGUAAUUGCCCGUCGUUAGGUUGUUAAUUAAAUAAAAAAGAAAUAUACUAAAAGUAAGAAAAUAUAUGUACUUUCUCAAAAAAAAGUCCAAGUAUAGAUUUUUUUUUGUGCAACAGCAAGUGAAAAAAAAAUUGGAAACUAGUCUUAAUUAAAUUUACUCAAUGCAAAAAUUGCUUAAAAGCUGUAAUACUCUAUUACCGAGAGGCAACUAUUUAACCUACAUGUUUACUGCAAGCAUUAAACAUUGCAAAAUAAUGUACUCGCAUAAUGUUGGUACUCACUGAUUUCGAAAUAGUUUGAUUACACAAAAUUGUGACAACUCUCAAGUUCAAGAUAACCUUAAAAAAAUUAUGCAUUGUAGACAUAUUUAUAAAUUAUAGAAAUUUCAUCUCUUUAUUUUACUGUUUGGUAUCUCCUUCAAAUGACUACGAAAUGUACUUUGAGCAAAAUAAAAAACGGACUACUCUGAAUCUAAUGAUCGGUUCUUCACGUUCUAGGACUCAACAUUUACAUUCAAUGGGGUGACCUCAAAAGUAAUUAGAUUAAAUUCGCAUGUACUACAAAAAUUAAAAUUGCUUACUUUUUCGGUUUUUACUAAAUAAAAUAAUAAAUAUCUUAUUUACUAAAAUUUGUAUUUCACAUGGAUUUUAUAAUUGUGGACAAAAAUUUUUUAAAUUCGCUUAAAAAGUUCCCCAGAAUUGGUGAAAUAAGCAAAAAAUAAAGUUAACAUCAAUCUGACCAAAGUAUUGGGGUCAUAUAUCCCAUAUUGAAGCUACCCUUUAUAUUUCGGGGGUCAAUUAUUCCGAGUUUGUCUAAAAAAAAGUUUAUUCAGAGAUAGUAUAUUUUGAGGUCUGAUUUUGUAGCUUAAAAUGUUGUUUGCAUUAAUUAAUUAGCAUAUUUGAUGUCAGCUCCUGAAAUUAUUAAGAUUGAGCCCUAGAAUAUGAAGAUCCGAUCAUUAGGUUGGUCAGCGCACUGUACGUAGUAUGUCAACAUCUUGAGCUCAAAAUAAUUACUAAGAAAUUUAUGUAUUGUAAACAUAUUUAAAAAUUAUGGAGCUUACCAGAAUUUAUUUUAGAAAAUGUUAUUUGGUAUAUUUUGGCAAGAUUUCACAGAACUCUGAAACAAUUAUUGUAUUGUAUCUCAAUAUUCUAAGUUUAAUAUAAGGCUCAAAAAAUUAUGCACAUCAAACUUGUUUAUAAAUUACUGAACUUUCGUACAUUUAUUGUAGUAUUUUAUAUCUGUUAACUGUUUAGUGUAAUAACAUAAAUUCUGAAGCAUUCAUUGUUAGACGGACGUACGUCAACUUUCUGCAUUUUUAAACUUGAAAUUUUUUUUUUAUAGUUAUCACGUUUUUAUCGAAAUUUGAUGUAUUUAUUUUAAUGCAUGCUAUUCGGUAUUUUUUGUUUAACAUAACUGUAACUGUCAAUUGAAGAUGAAAAUAUGUUAAUAUUUUUUUAAUUUAGGUGAAUAAUCAAAAUAUUCUCGUAUUGUAAACAAUUUUGUCUAAAUUAUUGAACUUUCAUGUUAUUGGGCUGCUUUUAUCAAAUGAACUCUGUGAUUUCUGUCAUUGCAUAGUUGUGAGUGAUAUCCUUGAACUGCAACAUUGUGUACAUAAUUGUGAGUGAAUUGAUUCCCUGAGUGGAAGUUAUGUCUUUCAUUUGUUGCGCUCAAGGAUCUUAUUGUAAAUAUGUUAAAUAAAUGUUAUAGAAAUAAAUAUGAAUUUUUAUGAAA